CUUGGGGACACGCUCAACGUCAACAUAGGGAAGCACAAAAGCAACUCCUCCUGCAUGACCAGCAACGAAACAGAAAAGAAAUACACAAAACAUGCAGCUACAAUGAUUAUGAAAGCACCAGGAAUCCCAUGUCCGCGUCUUCUCCCAUUCUGCAGUCGCCCGCCGAAGAGAUAACCCACCUCGUGUCGGAACCCUUCACCCCCAAACCCCUGAUCGCGGAUCUCAUCCGGACCCGCUACUGCAUCCCAGGGUCUGUCUUCCUGGUCGAAGGGAUCGACAUCUUCCAAGCUUCAAGGUCAAGACGAUGGCGCGGUGUACGGCUGCUGCUAGGAGAUGGUGAGCUGUGCAUACAGGCCCUGCUUGCGGGUGAGAUGCAUAGAUAUGUUGAUCGUGGAGAUGUCGCUGUUGGGUCUUAUGUGAAGCUGGAAAGCUUCGAUCUGGCGCACAUUGAGCCAGAAGCCUCAAAGGCUGGGAAGAAUGUCGAGAAGGCGAUAGAUGCUGGUGCCUCCAUGUUUGCCUAUCUGAUGGUGGAGGAUUUGGUUAUAGUAGGCUGGAACAACAGGCUACUUGCUAUGCUUGACGCCGAAAAAUCUGCAAAUCCAGAGCAGCAUGUAUUAAUGCAGACUCAAGAAUUGAAGGACAAAGACAUCGAAGAGCCUGAGAUUCGGCCUGAACCUCAAGAAGCCGCUGCAGAUUCACCACAUCCUCACGCAGGCUUUUUGGAAGAAGUUGCAGAUGCAGAUGACGACUUUGAGGUCAUGAAUAUUCCUGAACAAAAGAUGACCCAAAAGCGAGAAGAGAUCGCAGCACAGACGGAGGAGUCGUCAGACUAUUCUGUCCCUCUCGACACUCAGCGCCUGCCAUGGUCCAAUGUCGAUCCACGGAAACCCCUCAAACUCACACCACUUCGCUCAAUACCUAAUCUUCCUUACAAACAGAACUGGUCGACCAAUGUUUUAGCGGUUAUUGCAUCCAUAUCUGAUCUCCAGGCUUCGACGCUACCACUGGGCAAUCAGCGGGUGGCUCGGCUGGCUCAUCCAUCGACACCGAAGCAGGUUCACUUGACCAUCUUUCUGGAUGCUCACGAGUUCACGCCAUCUGUUGGCAGCGUUGUCUUGUUACUCGGUGUAAAAAAUCAUAGAUUCGAUGGCGGAAGUCUGAAGAAAUAUGCUAGUGAUAGACCUGGCGGUGGUGGUAGAUGGUGGUUUGAGAACCCUGUCCAAUUUACUUGGUGCGAUGUGCAAGGAUUGAGGACAUGGUGGCGGCAGAUUCACCUCAAAUAAAAUCGUGCAUGAAACAGGCGCAAUAUAUAGUGCACAAUGUAAGACUCUAGGAAGCUCUCUGUUACUAGACCACAAAAUCAAAAGUCAACGCAGGAGCAAGGUCUCAACACAUCCUAGCAAGACUGUAACAAUCAAUCA